AUGCUCACUAAGCCAGACAUCACAUCGUUGAUGCGUGAUGCUGACCCAAGUGAGGAGGCAUUGUAUGCAACAUCGAAUGAUCCACGUGCUGUUUUGAAUCGUGCUUCAUCGGAGCUUAAAGCUGCGUACUCGAAAACUAAUUCCAGGCGCAAAAAUGACCCAGCAGAUGUGGGACUCAUUUGUGCGGCCGUUGAUUCAGUCACAGAGAUUUAUCCGUUGCCAGGGAUCCGUGAAAAAACAGAACGGUUACGGGCCCGCUAUGAUUAUUUCCAGACCAGCAUAGCCAAGCAAGAAGAUCGUAUUGAACAUCAACGGCAGCAACUGACACGCAUGACACUGAGCUCCGGAGUAGUCACGGCUUCUAAUUUGGAAUCUCUCAACCAGCAACAACAGCAAAAGGCUGUAGAGUCACUCACUUCUGUGCAGGCUGCAGAAAAAAUUGAGCAAUUGCGUGCUGAGAUUGCUCAGCUCGAAGCCGACGAGGAAGAAAAUCUGGUGUAG